GGCGGCGUGGAGAGCGGGGUGCAGUGGCUGCAGGUGAUGAAGAAGGCGAAGAUGUCGCCCAGCGUGGGGUGCUACACCGCCAUCAUCGACGCCUGUGAUAACAGAGGCUCUGGCGCCGCGGACAGCGACUACCAGCGGGCCUCCCAGCUCGUGGACCAGAUGCUGAACUCCGGGCUGGCGCUGAACACGCAAGCCUACAAUGUGGCGCUGCGGACCAAGGCCAAGGCGGCCGAGACGAGCGCCCUGGAGGCCCUGCUCGACAGGAUGGAGGCCAAUUACGUGAUCCCCGACGACUCCUCGUACGCCUCUGUGAUCCGCUCCCGCGCCGAGGCAGGCGACGCGAUGAGCGCCGAGCGCUGGCUGGCCGAGAUGGGGCGGCGCGGCGCGCGGCCAGGGGAGGCCGCGUACGCCGAGGUGCUGCGCGCCUGGGCGGACGUGGGCAACGACAAGGGCAUCCGCAGGACCCUGGCCGCCAUGUCCGACGAGGGCGUCGAGCUCACAGCACCCGCUGCUACAACGCCGUCAUCGGUGCCUUCUGCAGGAGGGGCGACCUCCAGGGCGCGGUGGACCUCUUCGAGCUCAUGGCCGAGAAGGGGUGCGACCACGACAGGGGCACGUACACGGCGAUCAUCCAGGCCAUAG